AUGAAAUUUCGCUUGAUAGAAGAGUUCGAUGAUAUUUGGAAUGUUCUGCCUCAUUUCAGCGGAUAUCAGCUGUGGAUCACUGCUGUUGCCGGAUAUAUCAGCAUGGUUGGAGGCCUAUGCGCUCUGUUUCCCGUAUUCGGACAAUGGACUCCACCAUAUCAUUGCAAAAGUCCUCUUGACGAUCAGUUCUCUUCCUUGACUUUCGCCGAAAUUUCAACUCUCCAUCAAAAUGUUCUUGGACUGGAUUCAUGCGAAACCGCAAAAUUUUCAGUCACACAGAAUUGCACACAUUCGACCAAUUUUUCCGAUAUUGAGGGCUGCUUGAAAAAGGAGAUCAGUAACUCGACGAUCGAAUCAUAUGAUUGUCAGCCAGACGAUUUUCUUUACAACAUGGAAGCGAUCGGUCAACCAAUUGAUAAAGAUAACAUGCUAUUUAGAUCUUGGCUGGGCUCUCUGAUGACUUCUGCCGGAAUAAUUGGCCAAUGGCUCGGAGCGAUUUUCGCAGGAAUUUAUGCUGACAGAUUUGGGCGAAGAAAUGCCGUUUUUGUCUUUUCUUCCUUGAUGGCCGCGCUGUCCAUUUUUCAAGGAGUUCUCAACAACGAAUACGGUUUCAUUAUUUGUCGAGUCUUAGUGAUGGCCUGCAGCCAAAUAGCUUACAUCGCAGCCUUGACAUACGGGGUCGAGCUGACAGGACCGUCAAAGAGGUCGAUUCCCGGAAGCCUGAUCAAUGUCUAUUUCUCCGUCGGCUACUCUGGAAUUUCUCUGAUCGCUUGGUUCAUUCCCGACUGGCAAGGAUUGUCAGUCGCAAUCGGCAUUUUUGCUGCAAUCCAAGUUUUCUUAUGUUUUUUCAUUCCCGAGUCGCCUCGAUUUCUCGCAAUCAAAAAUGAAAUUGAAAAAGCCGGAGAUGUUCUCAAAACCAUCGCUUCUAAGACGAACACAAAACUUGAUGAGAACAUCGUUGAUGAACUAAGUGGAUUAACAAAAUUUGAAAAAGAGAAAGAAAAAUCUGAAAAAACGACGUCGGAUCUCUUCAAGACAACUCCCAUCAGACUUGUGACGCUGAAUAUUGGUUUUUCAUUUAUUGUCGUCACAAUUGUUUACUACGGGCUCGCUUACAAUGUUUCAUCCCUUUCAGGCGAUAUUUAUGUGAAUAAUGUUAUUAAUGGACUUGUCGAGUGUUUCGGCUAUUUUGUAAGCAUCCCUCUUAUCGACCGAUUUGGCCGAAGAUCUACAACAGGAAUGGUCAUGUUAAACAAUCAACUCGGAUUUGACUCUGUAACAAUUCAAGAAUGCGGAAAAUGGCUAGCGUUUAUUGGAAAAUUCUGCGUCUCCGGUGCUUUUAACAAUAUCUUCAUCUUCGCGUCUGAGCUUUAUCCGACUGAAAUCAGAACCGUCGGCGUUGGAUUUUGCUCGAUGGUUGGUCGCGUUUCCGGGGCGCUGAGUCCGUUCUUACUAGCUCUUCAAAAUAAGCCCGGAUUCGGCUGGUUCCCUUACACGCUUUUUGCUGUUUCCGGCUUUUCUUCAGCGACUCUUCUUUUAAAACUGCCAGAAACCAACAAUGUGAAUCUAACUGAGACACUCGAAGAAGCUGAGGAGUUUUACAGCAUAAAAGAAUGCGCCGUCUGUACAUAUGAGUUCAACAUGACGGAUCAUCUGCCUUCAAUUCUCACUGUAUGUGGCCAUCAAAUUUGCGACCCAUGCGUUGACAGAUGUCUGCGAGACUAUGCCCGAUGUCCAGUCUGCAGUAGCCCACUUUUCGAAGGAGACGUUUUGCGACACUACGAUUUGUUUCAAGAAAAGCCGAAGGAACUACCAGGACUCGUUUAA